UUUUAUAAAGUGGGAGUUAAUUAGAGGCUCUUUAUUUCUACUAAACAUGCGUUAGCUGCUAAAAACAAACAUUCUCAGUCUCUGCCAUGGCAGUACAAGAGCAACCUAUUGAUAGUUCAUAUGAUGAUGACGGCAAGCCACUAAGAACUGGAACUUUAUGGAGCUGUAUAGCGCACAUAAUCACUGCUGUGAUAGGUUCUGGAGUUCUUUCUUUAGCUUGGAGUACAGCUCAGCUCGGAUGGAUCGCCGGCCCGAUUUCAUUGCUUUGUUUCGCAAUUGUCACUUACAUUUCUGCAUUUCUGCUGUCGGAUUGUUACCGGUCACCUGAUCCGGUGACCGGAACGCGAAACUACUCUUACAUGGAUGCUGUUAGAGUUAACUUGGGUAAUACGCAGACAUGGUUUUGUGGGUUGCUUCAGUAUUUAAGCAUGUUUGGGACUGCUAUUGCCUAUGUUAUUACUACUGCUACCAGCAUGAGAGCAAUUCAAAGGUCAAAUUGUUAUCAUAAGGAAGGGCAUAAAGCUGCAUGUUCAUACGAGGAUACAUUGUUUAUGCUUGCGUUUGGACUAGUGCAAAUAGUAGUGUCACAAAUCCCAAAUUUUCAUAACAUGGAAUGGCUCUCAGUUAUUGCAGCAAUCAUGUCCUUCACUUACUCAUUUAUCGGAUUUGGACUUGGCUUUGCUAAAGUAUUAGAAAAUGGGACGAUAAAGGGGAGCAUAAGAGGAGUUCCAGCUGCUAAUACUGCUGAUAAAUUAUGGCUAGCAUUUGAAGCACUAGGUGACAUUGCUUUUGCAUAUCCAUACUCACUUAUUCUUCUUGAAAUUCAGGAUACAUUGAAGUCAAAACCAGCAGAGAACAAAACCAUGAAGAAGGGAUCAAUGAUUGCAAUAUUUAUUACAACAUUUUUUUACUUGUGCUGUGGAUGCUUCGGAUAUGCAGCAUUUGGGAACGAGACACCAGGAAAUUUAUUGACAGGAUUUGGAUUUUUUGAACCUUUUUGGCUCAUUGAUUUAGCUAAUGCUUGCAUUGUUCUUCAUUUAAUUGGAGGAUAUCAGAUAUACAGCCAACCCGUAUUUGCAUUUGUGGAGCGUUGGCUCGGCAAGAAAUAUCCAAGAAGUAGAUUAAUAAAUAAAUUUUACACCAUCAAACUCCCAUUAUUACCUCCUCUGCAACUCAACAUUCUGAGGCUAUGUUUCAGAACAGCUUACGUGGCAGCCACGACAGCAGCUGCCAUGGCAUUUCCUUACUUUAACAGUGUUUUGGGAGUUUUGGGAGCACUGAAUUUUUGGCCUUUGGCCAUUUAUUUUCCGGUGGAAAUGUAUUUUGUGCAGAAGAAAAUUGGAGCUUGGACAAGAAAAUGGAUUGUUCUUAGGAUUUUUAGCUUUAUUUGUUUGCUUGUCACUAUUUUGGGAUUAAUUGGGUCAAUUGAAGGGCUUAUUAGUGCCAAAAUUGGCUAAUUGGAUAGAUUUUGUGAUGCUAAAUUAUUUGUGGGCUAUUAUUAGAAUAUUGUUAAUUAGGUGAAUGUGUACUUGAAAUUCAAUUUGAAGUUGAAAUAGUGUGAAGCUCUAAUAAUAGAUUGUAA